GCACCCCCACACACCCAUGUCGUGAUACCCUUUCACCCUGCGCCAUCAUCUCUCGGCUCCCGCCGCCGGUGCCUUGGUCCUUCCACACUCUCCGAGCUCGAUUCUUCACCCUGCGCUUCCAAGACAUGAUUUAGUCUCUUGACGCCCAUCCCACUCUUUGACACGCGCCCAAGUUCCCCAUCCGGCACCAUGUCUCUCAAUCUAGAGAAACAACUCGUCUUCUACGGAGCAUACCACCAUAAUAAAGUCAACGUCGGAAUACAUCUGCUCUGUGUACCUCCGAUCCUAUUGACGUCUUUCCUACUACUCACCAACACGCCUGCCGUCCCUAUACCCUCAUGGCUCUCGGUACCUAAUCUCCCGCUCAACGUCGGCACGGCCGGAGCCGUUCUGUACUCGACCUUGUACAUCCUCAUGGAACCUGUCGCAGGUGCCAUGAUUGCUCCGAUCCUUAUUGGCAGCACCGCGUAUGCGAACCACCUCACCUCCACGUACGGUGCGACUGCAAACUCGUGGGCCGGCGCAAUCAACAUCGCAUGCUGGAUUGCCCAGUUUGUCGGACACGGAAAGUUCGAAGGAAGAGCACCAGCGCUUCUGGACAACCUUGUGCAGGCCAUCUUCCUGGCUCCGUUCUUUGUCUGGUUCGAGAUACUCUUCAUGCUCGGUUAUCGCCCCGAACUCAAGCGCCGGAUAGACCAGGCCGUUGACUUGGAGAUCCAGAAGUUCAGGAAGAGCAAGGAGAAGGGUCAAAAUGGAUCCGCGAAAUGAGGCGCGGCCCAACAUCGGAUUCAUAGCGGAUUCGCAGACAAGGACCCAGUUAUUGGCACUUGCAGGAUAAUCGAAGCAGACAUCAGAGGACCAGAAGACAGUGCAAAUAGUGUAUGAAUACUGAAGGAGAGGGAGCAUUGCGCAGGAGCAAGGUGUACGCGGCGUCUUGAGGUAUACGUUGUCUUUGAUAGUCAAGUUUGCAUAAGUGGCUGCGAGUUUUUAAAGAUUCACAUAACAUAGUAGGAUACCAAUUUAGAAUGUUGCUAUUUUAUACCUGGAGAGCAUGACAU